AUGUCAAUUAAUGGAGUCGUAUUAAAACAAAAUUAUGCUCAGUACUUCUCUUCUAACGAAUUACCAUUUGAAGUCAGCAGCGAUGGGUUGGAGGUUCUAAAAUACAAAUCACCCACAUCAAGGCAGAAUCUAUCAAUUUCACUGACCAACAACAAUUCAUCAUCGAGACUAAAGAUAAAAGCGCAGGAUGGGUAUUUAUACCUUACAACCAAAAGAUUGAUAUUCAUCACUGCCCAGCUGGGUGAUGUUGAGUCUUUUGUGUUGGACUUGACAUUGGCACCGGUCUUACAAUUGAGCCACAAAUUGAAAGCUCCUUGGCUUGGAGUAAAUUAUUGGGAAUUUAUGUUCUAUAGCGCAAAGGAACCAAGCAUAGUGAGUGACGGGUUCCCCAAGAACGAAUAUUUCAAAGGAGAGAUCUACUUUCAAGAUGGUGGUUUGUAUGAUUUUGUUGAGAAACUCAAUUUUGUUUUGAAUGAUGUAGUCAAUAAUCGAGAAAUAGAUGACGAACUCCCCGCAUAUAGUGCCGCCUAG